UAGCAAACUGCCUCCAGUGGUAUUAUAUCUAAGCUCCGCUCCAGCUGGUGCGGGCAAGCUCGACUAAUGGAUUUAACUCUGAAAUAAUUGACAGCUGUCGGUGAAACGCUCUUAUUCUUGACCCUCAGAAAUUCCUUAGUAGUUCGGUGGGAAAGUUGCGAAUUUCGACAGUUAAAAGCGGAUUUCGAUGACUUUUCGGCGAUCACACAGAGACACUCGGCGAGACAUUCUGUCGAAAUGUAAUCUUUCUCUACGCGAGGUGGGCUGAAGCAUAUCAGGCGGAUACGGUGGAAGGAGGGGCAGCGGAGCUUUAACCGGGCUCACCUUUCCUGACCGCUGUAAUAAGAUUACCUGACGCACACGUCAUGACAACAGAGACGGACAGACACUGGGAGCGGGUUACUCCAUCCGUGCUAUUAGAGACUGUCUACAUCAGCCUGGUGGUGGACUGCUACUGAGUCUCCGCGUGUUGGACUGAGGACGCCGGUAGCGGAACGCUGAUGAGCUCCUGUGCGGAGGCUGUGGCUGUAUCGCCAGCAGUUACUUGUACCACCGUUGCCAGUUUUUUGUUGAGCACACUUCUGAAGUUAAACAUGGUGGGCAGGCAAUAAGGCUUGACAGAAGAUGCGACGGGGGCGGUGGCUUGUCAGAUGGCUGGGGACCGGAAUGGCAAUCCUCGCUUUGCUUACCCACAGCUGGGGCCAGGCCACAGAAGACUGGCAGUAUGAGGAGUGUAAGCUGUCUCGGCCGGGCCCUCCUGCAACCAUAGUGACCAUUGACGAGGAGAGUCCCAAUGGUACGGUUUUGGUGGAAAACAUGCAAAUUAAUGGCAGGGCCCAGGACCCAGGCAGAACCAUCUCUCUGAUUCUACUUGACAACUAUGAUUACUGGGUUAUACUGGAACCAGCACGGCAGAGACUUUACCUCAACAGCACCGGACGCAUCCUGGACAGAGACCCACCUAAUUCCAUCACAACGAUUGUGGUUCAGGUCCAAUGCACCAAUGAGCUGGUUGGUACUGUUAUUUUACACGAAGUUCGAAUUGUUGUGAGGGACAAGAAUGACAACAGCCCCAAGUUUCAGCAGCCGCGCUACUACGUUUCUGUAAACGAGCUCACGCCAGUUGGAACUACCAUUUUCACCGGCUUUUCAGGAAAUAAUGGUGCGACAGACAUUGAUGACGGGCCCAAUGGACAUAUAGAAUACAGCAUCCUUUACAAUCCCAGUGAUCCGGUAUCUAACAACACAGUAAGGGUUGGGAACACACUUUCAGGAAUUAUUCUCCUGGCUGAGAGGCUAAACUACGAGGACAAAACUCGCUACCUGGUAUUGGUCCAGGCCAGUGACCGCGCUCCAUACCCACCAAACAGACUAUCCGCUACUACAACUCUAACUGUGGAUAUCUUAGAUGGAGAUGACCUGGGUCCCAUGUUUCUGCCUUGUAUUUUGGUGAACAACACCCGCGACUGCAACCCACUCACCUACCGUGCUACUAUCCCUGAACUUACUGAACCGAUUAAACUGAACCCUCUGAAUGUGACCCCACCUAUCCGUGCUGUGGACAUGGAUAGAAACAUCCAGCCCCCGUCGGACAGACCUGGCAUUCUUUAUUACAUCUUGGUCGGUCAACCGAACACAUAUCGAGAGUAUUUCUCCCUGAACCAGACCACUGCAGUGCUGCGCGUUCUGAAACCAGUCAGCAGAGACCUGUAUCAGAGGUUCACUCUUAUCAUAAAGGUAACCGCUGAGAUUAAGUUUCACUUGCUCAGCUUGUCGAUGUGGCAUCUUUUAAGCUAGUAAUAACUAUGAAUUUAUUUUAAAAAUGUGUUCAAAACAAGCCUUCCUUUGGUUGAAAUGUGUUCAGGCCUACGAAGUUUGUAAAUGCUACAUUUGAAAAUUAAAUAAAUAAAUAGUCAAAAUUAUAUUAUAGACUUUUUAAUAUUCUUGAUCUAGUCAAAGCUAACAUAUCUGUUGACUCCACAACUCUACACAUUAAAUAUAUAUAUAGUUAUACUAU